AUGCCAGGUGAUGGUUAUGAUGAUGAUGACGACGACGAUGACAUGCGCCAUGAUGAUGAAGAAGAUGGCGAUGACAUGCUUAUCAUCGUGACUGGAGCCAACCGAGGGAUCGGGUUUGAGGCUGCCAAGUACCUGUGUGGGGGAAACGAGGUGAUAUUGGCUUGUAGAAAUGAAGAAAAGGGGAAAGCAGCCGUGGGAAAGAUACUCAAAGCUAACCCCAAUGCCCUUGCCAGCUUUAUGCAGUUGGAUUUGGCGGAACUGUCCUCGGUGAGGCAGUUUGUCGAGGAGUUUCACCAAUCAGGACGCAAGCUUCAUGGCCUUAUCAACAACGCUGGCAUCUACCUGUACGGCAAGGACAACAAGCGAUACUUCACUAAAGACAACUUCGAACUCUCCAUGGGAACCAACCACUUAGGUCACUUCUUGUUGACGAACCUUCUGCUGGACGACCUGAAGAAGACAGGUGGCGAUACAGGAGACUCCAGGAUCGUUGUUGUGUCAUCAAUAUUGCAUGAUGGGAACUUCCGCAAUAAGAAUCUCCCUGGCCUUGACCUUGACGAUUUGUUUCUGGGAGCAGCCGGGAAAUACAGUAGUAGCCUGGCCUACAAGAACUCCAAACUGGCCAACCUGAUGUUUACCUAUGAGCUUACAAAGAAGCUUGACGGCACCGGCGUCACUAUCAAUGCUCUGUGUCCAGGGUUUAUCCCCUCGACUGAUCUGGGGCGGCAUGCUUCAGCACCGAUGCGGUUCUUCACACGAUAUGUCCUCGACGGUAUCCUACGUUUUACCAAGGUCACUCGUUCGACAGCGCAGGGUGCUAAGGCAGUUGUUGAACUUGCUACGUCAGAUAAACUGAAAGGGGUGAGUGGUAAGUUUUACCGUGAUCAUGCUGAAACCGAUUCAUCAGCCGAAUCCAAGAAUGAAGAACUGGCUCAGAAGCUGUGGGAACUGAGUGCUCGCUACUGUCACAUGGAGGGAUACGAACCUCUUGACGCACCAGAGCCACCUGUUGAGGAACCGGCCGCUGCAGCCACUCCGGCUAAAAAGAAAGAAAAAGAAGAGGAAAAGAAGGAAGAGGCUGAGGUCAAAACUGAAGGUGAAGGCCAGGUUGAGGUUAAAGUUGAGGGUGAAGGUCAGGCGGAAGCAGCAGCUCAGGCUGCCGUUGCAACUGUGGAGGAAGUGAAAGAAGAAAAGAAAGAUGAGGAGAAAGUUGAAGAGAAGAAAGAUGAGGAGAAAGUUGAAGAGAAGAAAGAGGAGGGAACAAUCAAAGAAACGACAGAGGAGGAAGUUGUCAACGUCACCGAAGCUGAACCUGAAACUAAAGGAAAGGACCUGGAUGUUGAUGUGGAGAAGAAGGUGGAGACGAUUGCUGCUGCUGAUACUGCUGUACCUGCUCAGUAAGGCUCGACGAUGCUCAGCUCGACCAAGUGUUCUGAUGACAGGGACGAAGGCUCUCCCAUUUUGCCUGUCAUUAAGCUUUUAAUUGUUCGGGGAAACUUAAGGAGCAAUGUUGCUUGUAAACAUGAUAAGCAACAAUUCAUAAGCACCAACAAAUCAGAUAGUUAUUUAUGGGAAACACCUCUCAAUAUGUUAUUUCUGUGUGUUUGAAAGUGUGGAGAAAGGUUGAGAGGCUCGUCAUGCACUUUGUUAAGAGAGGAAUAUUUUGGUGGUCUUUACACUGAGAUACAAUGCCUAAAGGACCACUUCCUGCUCUGUACCAAGGCUUCUGUCAUCUUAACUAAAAUUCUGAGACGCCAAACAUUUUGACUUUUGAAUAAAUAAUUGUACUAUUAUGCCAGUCCUCCAAAUCACAGUUAUGUAACAUCCCAAAGAUUACUUUCAAAGAUGAAAAUUAUAUAGGGCUAAUUGUUAAUGCACCUGUUACUUAAAAUUUUCUUCAGCAUGACCAUGCUGGCCAAUAAGAGCCAUUGUUUCAAUUUGCUCUGUGUUAAAAUGUCUAUUCCUCAGAGUUACAGCAUCUCUGAUUGGUUGUUAUCUUAAAACUCACUUAAGUCACAUUGUUGAUCAGUCUUUGUUGAUACUGACAGGGAACCAAGUGCAUGUACUCUGAAAGACUUUGGGACUUGGAUGUUGUGCUCCUGUUUACCCUGCUAUUUCUUCAAACCUAGUCAGGGUUGACAUCCUGGAACCUGACGUUCCAGUCCCUCUGUACAGCAUCUUGCCAUUUGUUUAUGCUGGUUUGUUAAGAAAUCCAAAGUACCAAGUUCUCUGUGAAAUAGUCAAGACUAACAGACCCCAAGUACAUUGUAACAGUGUUUUUGUUAUCCGGAAUAUACCGGACUUUGACUGGUACGAAGUUAGAAUGUCAGGUAAUUUCAAAAGCUGUUGGUCAUCAUCUCUGGCAAAUUUUAAAAUUAAUUUUCUAAUUACCUCUGUCUAUUUUAUUUCUCCUUGAAAAAGAUUACAUUUUAACAAUGACAUCGAGGUGUUGUUAAAUAAAAAAUAGCAGAUUUGGAAAACCCAGGCUAGAAAUAGUGUCAUUGAUGCAUUGUACCCUCCACAUUUCUGAUUGUUGUAAGGGUGCAGGGUGUCGCGCUCAAUGAAAAGCGUAAUCACUUGACUGGUAUAAUAUACAAAUGACCAGUAUUUGAAAUGCCAGCCGGUCACAUAGCCCAGCUGUAAAGAAAAUACCAACGGAAACACUGGUUGUAAUGUAUCAACAAACAUCUUUCAAGCAGAGGACCUUGUUGAUAUUUAAUGACAGUGUACUGAAAUUUAGUAAAGUUAAGCAGGUAUGCUGGUAUUACAAUACAUUGUGAUAUGCCAGGGUGGUUGGAUAGCCUAGUGGUUAAAGCGUUCACUCUUCACGGCGAAGACUCGGGUUCGAUUCCCCACAUGGGUACAAUGUGUGAGGCCCAUUUCUGGUGUACCCCGCUGUGAUAUUGCUGGAAUAUUUGCUAAAAGCGGCGUAAGACCAUUCUCGCUCACUCACUAUGAUUUGUCCAUGGUAUACUGAUAUCAUAUUACCUAAUUAUUGGUGUAUGUAUCACAAUGAUGUAUUUAGUUACACUGGGUGAAUUUAAAUUUCCCAAAAGGAAGAAUGUUUUUCCACAAAAUACAAUUAAGUGUUUUGAUAUUCAUGUUAUUUGCAGUUAACACCAACCAUGACAUAUGUCUUUAAUUGAGGGUACUGUCCUCCAAUUACACAUAUUCCUUAUUUUCUGCCAAUAUUUGAACUAAGUCUCUGAGCAACCUGUUUAUGAAUCUGGAUAUUUGAUAUUGAUUUUCACAAGUCAAUGGAUCAUGUUUGUUCAUUCUUGUUUCAUUAUGCCCUAAUAAUUUGUACCAAUAUGUUGAAGAUCUGAUUAGAAUCUGUAGCCCAAUUUCCUGUUAUAUGUGUUCAUAUGAUGAGACUUGUUGAACAAGGUUUCUAUGUCAAACUGUAGCAGUGUUUGUAAAACACGAGUGCACCGGUACACUCUAAGUAAACUUAGACUCAGUAGUAUUCGUUUCACUGCUGUACUGAGUCUAACAAAACCUAGUAGAAGGUCGCGUCAGCUAACCUUUGAGCGACCUAUGACCGCCCAAUCAAACGAGAAACGGUCGAACGGAUUUAACCAAUCAGACAAUGACUAAACGGACGAACGGAUUUAACCAAUCAGACAAUGACUACUUGUUAGGGUUCGGCUUUACUUACAAAACGUUUUGGGGAUUUUCUCUUCCCUGGUCGCUGAAACUGAUCUAUCAACAAAC